AUGUCGAAUAAACGCAACACCGUUCAGGAGGCUUACAACCGUUCAACAUCCUCGAACACUCGCACCAAUUCAUAUGUCAUCCCCGCUCAGCGCCGGACGAUGACGCCCAGCGACACACCCUCGGCAUCUGCCGCACUCACCAUCCCAGUCUGGCGCCGUAAGGCCCAGACUCCUACCUCGGACACUAAGGCUGCCACCGAACAGGCCCUAGUCAAGGCUUCACCGUCUACUUCGUCAACUUCUUUCAAGCCGAUGGAUUCAGUGCAGGGUCUGGAGCCUACCUUCACAGCGGAGGAGAAGGUUCGCGCCGGUUUUUCCUGGCGCUAUAAGGGUGACAUCAGAAACCCGAAGAAUUCCUCGAUGAGAAUCGCCUCGGACGACAACUGUGCCUUGUUCUUGACCAACCUCCCGGCCGGAACAACCCCAAAGAUCCUUUUGGAUGCGCUGGGCAUCCAUGCCCCUUUCGGACGCGUCUACGCCACGUCCAUUGCACCCCCUACCGACGGUCGCCACAGCAGUGCUUGCGCAAAGAUUGCUAUGUUUACUCGUCAAGAUGCUGUUUGCCUCUUCCAGUUUAUCGCCGCCCGCAACCUCAAGAUCGCUGGAAGAACCAUUGCUGUGGUCUGGAACAGCAACAGAUCUGCGCCGCAGACCGACCUGCCCCACAGCGCCUCCCGUGUUUUGGAGAUCCACGGCCCUGUCGAGGUCGUGGAUAUCCACAGGCUUACCCGAUUUCUUGAGUCGAAUAUCAAAUUCGACACCCAAGACAUUACCGUUGUCCGCGAGGACAAGCACGAACGUCGCAUUCGCUGGACGUUCGGCAGCUUCCGCGCUCAGGCGCAGGUGGCCCGAAAGGCUCUGAGGGCCGAAUGGCCGGGCCUUCACAUUCGUUGGGGCAUCGAUCCCAUGUCGCUGCCUAUCCAUAUGGUCCCCAGUGUGCAGAGCACAAUGCCUCCCAUAUUUCACCAGGACGAGCCCCAGAUGGUCACCGAUACCAACGACGCCGGCGAUGACGAGUCCAUUGGCGACUUGAUGACUUUUUCGGAGGACGACGACGCGCACUCGGACAUCUACGGUGUCUGA